UGCCGCCACCAGAAGCAGUCUCCAGUCGGUCGUCCGCGCGCCACCGAAGAGGCCCGCCAGCGAGCGUUCGGGUCGAAGACGUCGCUACUGUGCACCGCACUCUGCCUGCCGGGACUGUCCGCUAGCCGUGGGAAGCAGGUGGAGUCUCUGGAAAGAUGGAGGGUUUUGAGUACAACGCGACGUCUGGUGACUCACCUCUGGUGCUGCCACCUGUGAGAGUGUCGGCGAUGUCCGUCAACAGGACAGCUGGUGCCACCUGUGAGCCUGAGAUGGUACCCUCUCUAAGGCAGUACUACACCGCGAUGAACGUGGUGGGGAUGUCGCUGUUCUCCGCGGGGGCGAUGGCCGUGGCGGCCACACUGCUGCUCUACGUGGACACCCUGCGACACGUCAUCGGCAGGGCGCCCUCCGCCGUCAAGACGCACACCGCGCUCGUGCUCUCCAUAUACCCGGUGGUGGCGACAGUGACCUACUGCGCUGUGGUGGUGCCGCGUGCGCAGCUGCUGUCGGAGGCUGUGACGCAGGGCAGCUUCAUGGUGUGCCUGUACCAGCUGUUCUGCCUGCUGGUGGCCUACUGCGGCGGUGAGGCGGAGCUCAUCCGGCGCGCCAAGCCCAGCUCCCUGGACCCAGCCGUGGGGCCCUGCUGCUGCUGGCCGUGCUGCCGGCUGUGCCUCAAGCCGGCCGCCGUCAACAAGUGCAACGUGCGCAAGCUGCGACUGUUGGUUCUGCAGCUGCCGAUGGUUCAGGGCCUCAUCUACAUGGUGCUGCUGGUCAUGUGGGCGGAAGAGGAGAGCCUGUACCAGGUGAACUACAUGUACCUGCAGCCGGUGGUCGUGCUGUCCAUCCUGUGCGCCAUCUGGGGGAUCUCGAUGACGCUGCGGCUGCUGGCAGAGCUGCUGUCAGGCCACCGCGCCCAGGCCAAGUUCCUCGCACUGCAGUUCGUACUGCUGCUGGCCAAGCUGCAGGGACUGUCUGCGCGGGCCGCAGUCUGGACGGGGCUGCUGCCCUGUCGGCCGCCUAUCACGCCUGCUGUCUACAGCAACUUGGUGUACAACUCUCUGAUGCUCGGUGAGAUGGUCAUCCUCAGCAUAUGGGCACGGUCGCUGUACAAGAAGCCGCUUCCGGACAUGGGGCUGCCGGCACAGCGCCCCAUGGAAGUGUGUGUGCUCAGCAACCUGUAUCCACAUGUACUUUCCUCUCUCAACAACAACACAAUAACCUGCAAUAACAACAACACAGGUGCUGUCGAUAAUAACAGAAAUGGCACCUGUAGCAAUGGUGAAAGGAAUGAAGAUGACUCUGGAAAAAGCUGAUUGGCAGAUUUUGUGGCUCACUGAGUGAUAAGACAGUAACGUGUGAUAAUGUUUUCUGGAGUGGAUGAUGAAAGACAUUUUUAUGGUGCUUAAGCCCCUGGGCUUUAAACUAGAAUGUGACAGUGAUGCAGGUUUAAUCUCAUAUCAGUGACUUAGUGUAACAUUUCCAAUAGGAGAUGAACGAACGAGUGAGAGGGAGGCUCUGGACUCGCAGCCUGUCAUUGCCAACUGUUUAUGUUUUGGUCAGUACAUUCUGUUGAUAUUUGUGGUCAUAUGUUGGCAACGAACAUCAAAUUGCUAAGAUUUUUAAAAGUAGUAAAAGUUCAUAUUUUGUACAGUGCAUUACACAAUGCAGUCAUAAGCAAUGUACUCAUAUCAAAUGCUAAACGCAUUUCAUACAGUUGUAACACAAACAGUCUUAUGUAGUACCAAAAAAACAUAAGAGCUUUUUCUCUGUACAUGUCUCACUUUCAU